AUGUCCCACCCUGCAAACCAUACUAGGUCUCAGACUAACAAACAACAGGUGGACGUACCCAGUACUGUACUUUCUGGAGCAAACGAAGGAGUUCUGCCUCCCGUUCCUAACAAACCUUCUCGCCAAGAGCUAGGCAAACGCAACUUUAACGAAGUUAACAACCCUGUUGACCGUUCUGGUGAAGCUGCCAACGGUUCACGAAAAGAACAGCGUAAUAGAAAUAAAAAUAUCAUUAAUACCCCACUGAAUAAUAGUUCGUCUUCCACUAUUUCCUUUGGGGCUCUCUCUUUUGAAACCAUAACAAACGAAAGCCAAUCGGAUAUUAUGAAUGAAAAACAAACAAAUCCUGGCCAAUCGGAUGGCCUUACGACAGGACAACAACAAACGGCGUUACUACCAAAUCUGUCAGCUGCAGAUGCUACGCCCAAUUUGCCCGAAAAAGAAAUGAUCGACGUCGAUCAAGCUUCUGAAGGUUCUACCGAAAAUGAAAUCUUGUACUACGCCUCACAACAACAAUUGAUGUCGCUCGUCAUUGGUGUAAAAUUGUCAAACGAGGUUGACGCUCAAACAGCUAAUAAGUUCUUAAGAAAUACUAGGGACUACUUGAUUUCAGAUCCAGGAAUUGGCCCUGGGAUUACCCAGGUUUCAAAAAUCUUACCAGAAUUACAAAAAGUGGCUCCUGAGGAAAAAUCACGUGAUAUAGAUAAUGCCACCCAAGAUAAAGAUAAACAAAGAAAGAAAAAAGAUGUUUUAGGAUACCGUUUAAUCAUUAAUGUACUUUCUCGUAAAGUAUAUGAAGAAGUCAUGGCAAUGGACUUUCACCUUGGAAACGAUACACUCACAUUUACCUCUUACCAAAAUAUCCGAACUCAAAGAAAACAAGCUAAUGAAGGAACCAGAAACCGUACAGUUCAGAUAUACAAUGCUUCGUUAGAAAUAACUACUUCAAUCUUAAAACCGUUUUUACGGCGUUAUGGAGAACUCAAAGAAAAUGACAAAAGAGAAGAACGACAAGCUUUCUGCGCAAAAUUAAAUGGGUUACCACCUAACGCGAACGCUAGGGAAUACCAAAGUUUUAUCGAAGAAUUCAAUGUGCUUGAGUUUAGGAUACCUAGAAACACUAGGACAAAUAGAACACAGCUUUAUGCAUAUGUUUAUUUUAAGGACGAAGAAAGCAUGCAAAGGGGAACCGAUCGAGUAAUUGUUAGACGAAACAAACAACAUGAGUGGACACCACCAGAUGUAAAAUCUUGUUUCAAUUGUGGAUUUACGUCCCACCUUAUAAGUGAAUGCAAUUAUAAACCACCAAGGAAGAAGCCAAUAAAUAAAAGAGAAUACUUAAAUUCUAUUAGACAAUAUCAACCAGGAUAUCAUAGGAGACAAACACAAGAUAAUGUCCGUCCAGGAUCAUAUGCAGACGCGUUACGUACUAGACCAAAUAAUGCAAGAUACGAUAGGGGACGCUAUAGUAGUGAGGGAUUCAGACAAGAUAAUCCGUAUAGAAAUCGGAAUCGACCUUGGAACCGGAAUAAUAUAUAUAAACGAGCUGAAGAAUCCCAAAAUUAUGGAGAUGACGAAAAAGAAUUAUAUGAAUGGGGAGACGAAGAAUACGACCCUGAAAACAUACAGCGUUCUAAGGACAGGGCUAAUACUCUCUCCAGACCAAGAAGUAUGAAAAAUAGGAAUUCAUCAAAUUUAGACAAGAUUAAUAAUAACGAAUCAGAAAUUCAAGAAAUUAAAGGUGAUUUGGCUGUGUUACAAGAUAUGGUAAAAAAUUUAGCUAGGUCUUUGGAACAAACGACGACCCAAAUCAGCCAAUAUAUGCAAACAACUAACAUAUCCAAAGGGAAGGAUAAAGUGAUCGAUAAGAAUAAUAAUGACGACAUGAUAUUGGAUAACGCCAAUACAAAACAACAACAUGCGCCUAAAAGGAGAAUGGUUUCUUUCAACACCAAUGAAAAUAAUAAACGACCACAAAACGAGGAUACUUCAGAUUCAGAUUCAAAUGAUAACCGACAAAAUAACAUGGCUUUAUUGACUGCUCAACUAAAGGAUUUACAUAACGGAAUGGCAGCUAUAACUCAAGGAUUGACCAACAUCAAUAACAGAAUCACAAAAGUAGACAACAAUAAACAAAUUCUAAACAAAUCAGCUGAUGGGGCAGCCGAUUUGUCAACAACAACGACUACCAACAAUAAUUUUAAUGAUGGACAAUCAACAUAA